AUGAAUGUGUUCUUGGUGUUUGCGUUAUUUGUAGUGGCAGUUAGUGCAGGUCAUGAGGAGGACAUAUGGCUGCAGCUCAACAGACGUAUGCCCGGUGCAUAUUAUGAACUCAAGGAUAGAUCCCUUAUAACUGGACGGAUUGUCGGAGGUAUUGAUGCCCACAUUGAAAACUUUCCCUACCAACUUUCUUUGCGACGCAAUGGGGUACAUAACUGUGGUGCCUCGGUUAUAUCUGAUCGUUGGGCUCUAUCAGCUGCUCAUUGCACUCAUCCAUUGCCUGAUGUAGACACCAUCAGUCUUCGAGGAGGUACUUCCAACCGACUAGAAGGAGGCACAAUCUUCACUGCUGAGUUGAUUGUAAAUCACCCCCAAUACAAUUCUUGGACAAUAGAAAACGAUAUCUGCGUGAUCCGUACUGUAGAGGUCUUGCAGGGUUUGCAUAUUACUCCUAUUCAACUGGUACCAGCUGAGACAUACUAUCCUCAUGGAACUCGUGCCGUCGUGUCGGGAUGGGGACUUACGAGUGUACCUGGAACCUCACCGGCAAUCCUGCAGAUGAUCGAUAUUCCAGUGAUUGAUCAGGUAACUUGUCGUGCAGCAUGGCCCGGGCUCGUGACAGAUGAUAUGCUCUGCGCUGGUGAAUCAGGACGCUCCGCUUGCAGCAUGGACAGUGGAGGCCCACUGGUAACUGGAGGACGCCAGAUUGGUGUUGUAUCUUGGGGUGCUCCCGACUGUCUUGGCAAUCGACCUAGUGGCUAUGCUCGAGUUGCGCAUCCUCCUAUUCGUAACUGGAUCAACGAUGUCACUGGAGUUUGA